GCCCGGUUCCAGCCCGGUUCCAGCCCGGUUCAAGCCCGGUUCCAGCCCGGUUCAAGCCUGGUUCCAGCCUGGUUCCAGCCCGGUCCGGAUUCCUGACUUCACCGUAUUCCCUGGACGCCGACAGACAUGCUGGCCGCCGGCGGCUACCAGCUGAGCGAGGAGCAUCUGUGGUGCUGCAUCUGCCUGGACGUGUUCUCCAGCCCCGUCACGCUGCCCUGCGGACACAACUUCUGCAGGAGCUGCAUCCAGGAGCACCUGACCUCUGACCCCCAGCGCCGGUGCCCCAUGUGCAAGGAGCGCGUGGACAAGAAGCACAAGCUGGGUGUGAAUACUUUCAUAUCUGAGCUGGCCGUUCAGUACAGGCAGAGCGCAGGAAGGAAAUCUGGAAGCAGCUCAGAGCCGAGGAAAGCGCCAUGCGGAGCUCCAGUCAGACCCAAACCGCUGACCUCCAGGUCCUGGCUGCUGCUAGCUGCUACCCUGCUAGCGCUGCUGCUGCUGCUCACGGCUAACCUGCAUCUCCAUCAGAGCCUGAGCGGCGGCGAGACUCUGCUCUCUGAGGCGGAGAGCGUCUGCUCCGAGCAUCAGGAGCCGCUGGAGCUCUUCUGCAAGAACGACCAGGUUAGCAUCUGCCGGCGCUGCGGCGCCACCGCGCACCGCCUCCACCAGCUGGUUCUGCUCAGCGACGAGUACCAAGAGAAGAAGGCCGAGCUCAGCAAGACGGAGGCCCGCAUCCAGCAGGUGAUCUGGCAGCGGCGGCUGAAGAUCCAGGAGCUGAAGCGCUCCCUGCAGCAGAGCGAAGAGGCUGCAGACGGGGAAAUGGCGGACGGUGUCCGGAUCUUCAGCUCCCUGAUCCAGACUCUGGAGGCGGCGCAGGCGGAGCUGAUCGGGGCGAUCGAGGAGAAGCGCAGAGCGAGGGAGAAGCAGAGCCAGAGUUUGAUGGCCGACCUGGAGCAGGAAGUGGGGAAGCUGCGGCGGCGGCAGGUGCAGCUGCAGCAGCUGUCGCGCUCCAGCGAUCCGCUCGUCUUCCUGCAGAGCUUCCCGGCGCUGAACGCCGUCCCAGCCACCAAGAACUGGACCCAGCUGAGGAUGUGUCCGCUGGUCUACGAUGGCCUGACCCGCACGGCGCUGCUGAGCGCCACCAACCAGCUGACGGACGCCAUCAGGAACGCCAUGCAGACGCUGCAGGACGCGGCGGUGGAGAACCUCCACCGCUCCGCCGUGGACGUCGAUCUGGACCCAGACACGGCGCAUCCCGCCCUCCGGCUGUCUGACGAUCGGAGACGGGUUCAGCUGGGAGACGGCGGGAAGACGCUGCCAUACCAGUCCAAACGCUUCGAAGCUUUGGUCGGCGUCCUGGGGAGGCGGGGCUUCUCCUGCGGGCGGUUUCACUACGACGUCCAGGUGAAAGGAAAAACCGCCUGGACGCUCGGCGUCGCCAGGGAGUCCGUCAACCGGAAGGUCGAACUGGACCUGAGCCCGGAGAACGGCUUCUGGACCAUCCGCCUCCAGAACAGGAAGGAGUUUGUCGCGCUCGCUAGCAAGCCGCUUCCUCUCUCGGUGGGUUAUAAUCCGGAUUGGGUGCGAGUGUUUGUGGAUUACGAGGAGGGUCAGGUGUCGUUUUAUGACGUGGAAGCGGCGGUUCUGCUUCACUCCUUCACCGGGUUUUCCUUCUCUGAGAAACUCUUCCCGUUCUUCAGUCCUGGUCCGAACGACGGCGACAGAAACUCUGCUCCUCUGAUCAUCACGCCUCCGACUCAACACGCAGAAAAAUAACACAGACAUCAGUCAGGACUUUUCAUUUAAAGGGCCAGUAUCACAUAAAUCAUCAUGUUAUAAAGUUAUUCCCUCAUCACAAACAUGGAGUUUUGCUUUGACUCUUUCAUGGAUGUCUGACAAUCAUCUAAUCUCCACGGCAACCAUUCAGCUGGGUGGAUCUAGCUCCGCCUUCAAGACGCAGCUCCUCCCCCACUCAGCUCCUUCAGACUAGCCAGCAGCAAAUAGCAAACAGCUGCUGAGCUCAUUAUAGGAGCUGCUGCUCAGUGAAACUCAAUUAUAAAUAUUGAGUUUGAAAUGAACUGCUUGUAAAUACAAAUACAAAUAUGUAUUUUUAAUAAAUAUAAAUCUAAAGAAAACUUUCUGGGAAA